AUGGCCACAGUGAACACAGAUGCCACGGAUAAAGACACAACCACAUUUAAAAUCAUCUUCAUCUUGGCGGUCUCCAGAACAGAGUGCAUCACUGGCAUCGCUGGGAACGGCUUCAUCACGGCCAUCCAUGGGGCCAAGUGGGUCAGCGGCAAAGGACUGCCUGCUGGUGACUGCAUUCUGUUGAUGCUGAUCUUUUCCAGGCUCUUGCUAUGGGUUUGGAUGAUGCCAGAGAACACUUACAGUCUACUCUGCCCGGUCACUUAUAACCAAAAUGCAGUGCAUACACUUUUCAAAGCCAUCAUCAUGUUUCUGAACUAUUCCAACCAUUGGCUUGCCACAUGGCUCAAUAUCUUCCAUUGUCUUAGAAUCACAAACUUCACCCACCCUUUGUUCUCCGUGAUGAAGAGGAAAAUCAUGGUGCUGAUACCCUGACUUGUGAGGCUCUCACUGUUAAUCUCCUUAUGCUCCAGCUUCCCCUUCUCUGUAGAUAUCCUCAGUGUGUCUGUGAAUAGUUCCUUUCCUAUUCCUUCCUCCAGCUUCCCUGAGAAGGUGUACAUGUCCAAGACCAACGUGGUCAACUUGGUUCUCACCCCUUACCUGGGGGUCUUCAUUCCUCUGAUCAUGUUCAUCCUUGCAGCCACCCUACUGAUCAUCUCUCUCAAGAGACACACCCUACACAUGGCCAGCAAUUCCACAGGGCUCGGGACCGACCCCAGCAUGGAGGCUCACAUGGGAGCCCUCAAAGCUAUCAGCUCUUUUCUCAUUUUCUACAUUUUCAGUGCCGUUGCUCUAUUUCUUUCCAUGUCCAACAUCUUUGAUGUCAAAAGUUCCUGGAGCAUUUUGUGCAAAACCGUCAUGGCUGCCUACCCAUCCAGCCACUCAGUGCUAUUGACCUUGGGCAACCCUGGGCUGAAAAGAGUGUGGAAGCAGUUUCAGCACCCAGUUCAUCUUUGCCUGUAGGGACAGACUCUGUGA